AUAAAUUACAAUGAAGUCAAUAAUUUUUAUUGCAACAAUUGUAUUCGUAGUAGUUUUGGUGUACUCCGAAGAGAGUGUAAAAGAUACCAAACGCGUUGGUGUGGUCAGUGAAUAUGAACACGGAAGCUAUGGACCAUACGGUGGGGAAUAUGAACGUCACGAAGAAGAGAUAAUAGCAGGUCAUGGGCACGGAAGUGGAUACCAUCAUGGUGGUGGAUACGGCCAUGGAGGUCAUCAUGGAGGCCAUGGUAGUGGUAUUCGUGAUCACGACCGUUAUCAUGGUGAUAGGUAUGAACCUGGCUAUCGCCCAGGUUAUGGUGAAAGAUACCCACUAUAA